UGGUUUGUCAAAAUGAAUCUUUCCAAAACAGUUACUACCAUUUUAACUAGAAUGCGACUUGGUCACGUGUGCACUCCAGCACACUUGGCUAAAAUUCAUGUACUUGAUAAUGAUUCGUGCAUUUGUGGUUCUGGCGUCGGAGACUUAAAUCACAUAUUUUUUUACUGUUGCCUAUAUGAUCGUUCCUCUUUUAUUAGUUCUCUUUUAGCCAUUAAAAUUCCUUUUCCUACAUCCAUCACUUGCCUAUUAUAUACCAAUAACAUUGAUGUUUAUAAUAUCCUAGCCGAAUUUAUUACCCAUAAUAAUAUAAAAUUGUAAAUAGUAAUGUAUAUUGUACUUAUGUAAAUAUUAUUUUAUUUUUAUUAUUUUGUAAUUAUAUCACACCUAAAUUGAUCCUAUGAAAACCAUCCUUUGUUCCGUUUCCAUCCGUAAUUGAUUCGUUUCCCUACCUUUUAACUUUAACCCAAUCCCACCCUGUCUAAACGCAAUGUCCGCAAAACUUAUGGCAAAACUGAACGCAAAAAUCAAGAACCCUGUCGUGGCUAAACGCAAUCCGCGAGAGCCAUAAAGAAAAAAAAAAAAAGUAUUGGAAUUUAUCGACUGAAGUCGCUGUUUGGAAGCAAGUUUGAUCGUAGUAUGGAAGUUUCCGUACCCUGUGUAUUACUUUUCUCUAUGGCCAAUAUUUUCUAAGUAUCAAAACAAAAUAACCUCUCAAACUAAAAUUUAAUAAAACAUGAAUCCCAAGAGCCUGGAAGCUAGACUUAGAGAUGAUAAUCCCUUUGAGAAUAUGGCCAUAGAAAACUCGGAACCGUUAAAUUCUUUAAACGGUCGGAGCCCUUGCCCAAAAUGUGGGAAAUCUAGAAUGUAUUUCUGUUACACUUGUUUUGUUCCAGUUUCACAAUUGGAUGGUUGUAUACCUUUGUGCAAGUUGCCUGUCAAAGUGGACAUUAUAAAACACCGUCGUGAAAUUGAUGGAAAAAGCACUGCCGCACACGCUGCUGUGUUAGCACCUCUUGAUGUUAAUGUAUUUACAUACCCAGAUGUACCAAACUAUCAGCAUGAUGGUAGCACUGUGUUGCUUUACCCCGGAAUAGAAGCAAAAACUGUACGCGAAUUAUUUACAGGAAAAAAGAGUGAUGUUACUUACAGUGAACAACUAUUGGCUGAAUUGCCUCAUGGAUUUAAUGUUGGCACUCUUAUGACAAAAAUUGUUGAAGAAGAUAAAGUUUGUUCAGAAAUAUACCAUGCAACCAAACUGCCAAUAACCAGGGUUGUACUUAUUGAUAGUACAUGGAAUCAAAGUCGGGGAAUAUUUGCAGAUGCUAGAUUACAAAAGCUGCCCAAAGUUGUUUUACAGAAUAGAGCUUCUCAAUUCUGGCGUCACCAGAAAGGAAGCCCUCGAUGGUAUUUGUCAACUAUAGAGGCUUUACAUCAACUUAUGCUAGAACUACAUUUAUGUGCAUGGGGACGAGAUCAUAAUUACAAGAAUUACCUCACCCUGAAUUAUCCCAUUCACAAUAUUAACAGCUGUGACCACCAACAAUGUAUCCCAUACAAAGGACAGUAUGAUAACUUAUUAUAUUUUUUUAAAUACAUGUAUGAAAAGCUUCACUCACUAUACAAACAUGAAGAUUUGCUGGCAUAUAAGAGGCCUAUGUUAUAACAAUAAAAUGUAUAAUUUGCUA